AUGGAAAGGGCCAACAGCAGCUCCUUGGAGAGCUUUAUUCUGAUGGGUGUAUCUGACCAUCCCCAGCUGGAGAUAAUCUUUUUUGUAGUCAUCCUCUUCUCCUACUUGCUGACCCUUGUUGGGAACUCAACCAUGAUCCUGCUUUCCAGCCUGGAUGCCCGGCUCCACACACCCAUGUACUUCUUCCUCAGCAACUUCUCCUCCCUGGAUCUUGCUUUUACUACUAGCUCAGUCCCCCAAGUGCUGAUCAUCUUGUGGGGAUCAGACAAGACCAUCAGCUAUGGUGGCUGUGUGACCCAACUCAAUGUUUUCCUCUGGCUAGGGGCUACUGAGUGCAUCCUGCUGUUGGUGAUGGCAUUUGACUACUAUGUCAUGGUGUGCUGGCCCCUGCACUACACCACCAUCAUGAACCCCUGGCUCUGCUGGCUGCUGGCUGCCAUUGCCUGUUUGGGUGGCUUGGGCAACUCUGUGGUCCAGUCAACCUUCACUCUGCAGCUCCCUUUGUGAGGGCACCAGAGGGUGGACAGCUUCCUGUGUGAGGUGCCCGCCAUGAUCAAACUAGCCUGUGGAGACACAAGUCUCAAUGGUGUCUGCACCUUCUUCACCACUGUCCCAUUAAGCAUCAUCCUGAUCUCCUACUGCUACAUAGCUCAGGCAGUGCUGAAGAUCCACUCGGCCAAGGGACAGAGAAAGACCUUUAACACGUGCCUCUCUUAUCUGGUGGUGGUACUCCUCUUUUAUGGCUCUUCUAUCUAUGGGUAUCUGCUUCCAGCUAAGACCAGCAACCAGGCCAAAUUCAUUUCCCUCUUCUACUCUGUGGUCACACCCAUGGUGAACCCUCUCAUUUACACUCUGAGGAACAAGGAGGUGAAGGGGGCGCUGAGGAGGCUGCUGGGGAAAAGCCGAGCCGAGGACGAGCAGCAGGACUGCGAGGAGGCUGGAGCUGAUGAUGGUGAAAGCGAGGAUUCGCCUGUGAUGGUGUCAGCGAUGACAUGGGCACAGUCUCACCCAGGACCCCAGGAGUCCUGGCUGUUCCCAAACUGA